AUGGCUCCCUCGUUCUGGGAGAGAACAAAAGGGACAUCAAAAAAGGGCUUUGAUAAAGCAUGGCACGCGUUGGACAAGCUGGGAGAUCCCGUUAACCGGUUGUCGAACCGUGUCGGUGCCGAAGCUUUCUGGCCCAUGACUAUUGACAGAGAAAGCGACAAGGCCGCGCGAAUCCUGCGCAGCUUCUGCAAAGAUGGUUUCUAUGCCGAGGCAGAGUCUGAUCGACAGAGUUCUGAGAACAGUAUCAACAAGGAAACGGGCAAGAUUGAUAAACCUAAAGGCAAGCAACGGGUGCUGAAGAAAAUCCCUACGAAGGUCAUCCAGCAGGCCAAGGGCCUAGCAAUCUUCACAACAAUGCGCACCGGUCUCUGGCUGAGUGGCUCUGGUGGCAGCGGUGUUCUCUUAGCCCGGAUCCCGGAAACAGGCGAAUGGAGUCCCCCAUCCGGUAUUAUGCUGCACACUGCGGGUAUAGGGUUUCUCGCUGGUAUCGAUAUUUACGACUGUGUGGUCGUGAUAAACACGUACGAAGCUCUAGAGGCUUUUAAAAAAGUUCGUUGUACGUUGGGCGGAGAAGUCAGUGCUUCAGCGGGCCCAGUUGGAAUGGGAGGCGUGCUCGAGUCGGAAGUCCACAAGAGACAGGCUCCCAUUUGGACCUACAUGAAGAGUCGAGGGCUGUAUGCUGGUGUUCAGGUGGACGGCACAAUAAUCAUUGAGCGUACAGAUGAGAACGAGCGAUUCUAUGGGGAACGCAUUUCCGUGACUGAUAUCCUGGCCGGUAAAGCCAGACACCCACCUGCGUCGAUCGAACCUCUCCUUCAGACAAUAAAGUCAGCGCAAGGCGACCGGGACGUGAAGGAGGAGCUAAUCCCACCUCCAGGCGAGACGCCAGGUGAUGUCGAUCUCGAUCACUCUGUGCCGUUUGGUGUCCCAGAUCCUGAGGACCCCGAUCCAUUCGGGGUCAAGGCUUUGGAGGCAGAAGGUCUGUUCAUUCGCGAAGCCGGCUCGAAAGCCCGGCCAAGUCAUGACGCCUUUGAAUUCAGGCCGAACCCAGGAAGCCCCGUCUACGCAUCCUUCCGGCGAAGUAUGGAGAGUUCGCGGCGUAACAGCUGGCGAACCAGUGUUCAAAGUUAUGCAAGUGCUGAUAAGGGCACACAGACGUUGGACGAACCCUUGACUGCCCCGACGUCCAUCAGCCGUGCGUCGUCACGGAGUAACCGUGACUUUUCUGAACCCAAGACGUCUCUGACUGAUAAUGAGGAGGCUCGCUGGGAUACGGUGAUCCCUGAGCAUCAUGAAACCAGUCCCCCCGGGCAGGCCGAAGGUAUGCUGGACAAGUUCAUCAACGAUGAGGACCUCGAGGUACACGAGGUUAGUAGUGCCAGGAUCUCGAAGCGCGAUAGUUCUACCAGCUCCAAUGUGCCCCUAUCUGUGGAGGUUCCGACAGCGCCUGUGGAGGUUAAACGCCAGUCGCCAACUUUCACCCGUGCUCGCCUCGUAACUAUUCCUAAAAGACAGCCUCCGUCUCUUCCACCACGGAACCCUCAACGAGCGUCGACUGCGUCGACAGCUACCCCGGUUUCUCCCAACCCAUAUGCAUCAUCCGACGACAACCGUUCCGUGACCUCUGUUUCUACCCAUGCCUCUACGAGCGGACCCGCCACUUCCACUGACAACACGAAGAAAGGCUCGAGUGCGGACGCGUCGCCUAUCGACGCGACCUCGGAGUCAAACAAAGCAUCGUCGCUCAGAGACGACGAUUUCCACUCUGUAUCCAGUGUCAAGUCAACAGAUCCCGGUGCCGGAAAACGGCCUUAAUGUGCAGCAUGAGGCUUCCAGCCCGAACAUCCGAAAUGUCGCUACCGACCUUUCUUCCGUUGGCGAAACCACUACCGAGAUCGA